AUGGGUUUGAAUUCAUCACCUAUUGAAUGUUUGGUGUUCAUUGCCAUUUUACUUUGCAUUACUAAAUGCUAUGCCCAAAAUGUGUUCAAUAUCAUGCAAUUUGGUGCAAGAAAUGAUGGACGAACGGAUAGCACUCAGGCAUUAAGUAAGGCAUGGAGCGAAGCUUGUUCGCAUGAUGGAGGUGGUGUAGUUUUAGUACCAGAUGGGAGGUUUCUAAUUUUUUCGUUGGUGCUUAAAGGUCCAUGCAAAGGAUCCAUUGGUCUACGAAUUAAUGGCGAAUUGUUGGCUCCUAUCGAUCCAAAUUUUGCCAUUGGCCAAAUCUGGCUGAGUAUCUAUGAAGUCGACAACUUAUUUGUCGACGGUUAUGGCAGCUUGAACGGUCGCGGUUCUUUAGCUUGGUCUAUCAAAAAGUUUAACCGUCCAAUUUCUAUGAAACUCUCUAAAAUCAACCAUGCGAGAAUUACGGGUAUAACAUCGUACAAUAGCAAAAACUUCCAUUUUAGUGUGCAUGGAUGUAAUGAUGUCACGUUUGAUCACAUUAGAACAAUGGCUCCAAAAGAUAGCCCCAACACAGAUGGAAUCCACAUUUCCAAGUCAAGUGGUAUCAACAUUAUGCAUUCAAGAUUCGACACGGGAGACGAUUGUAUCUCUUUGGGCCCUGGAAGUAGAUUCAUCAACAUAACAAACAUCUAUUGUGGUCCAGGUCACGGAAUCAGCAUCGGCAGCCUUGGAAAAUACCCAAAUGAGGAAGAUGUCUCUGAUGUUAUAGUAAGAGACUCUACAUUUGUUGGUACAGACAACGGUGUGAGGAUCAAAACAUGGUCGUCUUCACUUCCUAGUUCUGUUACCAAGAUCACUUUUCUCAAUCUCGAAAUGAAGGACGUAAAAAACCCUAUCGUCAUUGAUCAAAAUUAUUGCCUUGACUGCCAGAGAGAUCAAAUGAGUAACUCAAGAGUGAAGAUUCGAGACGUGAGAUAUGAAAAUAUACGGGGGACUUCAGCAACCCAAGUGGCCGUAAAUUUUGAAUGCAGCCACGUUUUACCAUGCGAAGACAUAGUGUUGGGUAACAUUAACCUCCCCUUCAAGGGUGCUGGCCAACCAACUUCUAUUUGUAAUAAUGUGAAGGGCCAUGCUUUUGGCAAACAAUUUCCAAACUCUUGCCUUUAA